AUGACAAUUACCGCAGAGCUCAUCAUGAUCCCAAUCCCAGCAAUCGGCCACCUCCCGCCGGUCUUCGAGUUCUCCAAGCGCCUCAUCUCCCAAACCAAUCGACUCUCUGUCACCAUCGUCCUCAUAAGAACCCCUUUCGCCCCUGAAAUCGAAUCCUUCUCAGACUCAUUAGCCGCUUCCUGCGACCCAGAUCGAAUCAAAUUCAUCAGAGUCUCCGGCCCCAACAUCCCUCCAUUGGAAUCAAUCAAAUCUGCCCACACGUUCUUCCCUCAGUUCCUCGAUUCCCAGAAGGACGCCGUCAGAGAAGCUCUGCUGGCGGAUCGCGCGAAACAGAGUGGCUCCUCUGUUUCGACGGUGGUGGUCGGCGUGGUGGCGGACAUUCUGACGACCGCCGUGGUCGAAGAGGUCGGGAGAGAGCUAGAAGCUCCGACGUACCUUUUCUUCCCUUCCUGCGGAGCUGUUCUCAGCAUGUUGCUCAGUUUCCCGGCGGAAUUCCAGCCGACGGUGGCAGCAGGGGAUCCCGACGGCGAGAUUUUUUUCCCUGGCUUUGUUAACCAUGUCCCCCACAGGAUGCUUCCGGCGACAAUCCUCGACGAGGAAGGUUACGCGGCGCUGAAUGAGCAUGUGGGUAGGUUCAGAGAAGUGAAGGGCAUCUUGUUGAAUUCGUACGAGGAGCUGGAAGCUCACGCCGUCGAGUCAUUGUCGCAUGCGCUCGACUCCAUGUGUGGUGCCCAAGAUGAUGACGUCCCUCCCGUCUACCCUGUGGGACCCAUCGUGAACUUGGAGGUCGACGAUGUUGCUUAUGAUGAUGAUCGGACGAAUGAGAUCUUUCGUUGGUUGGAUGAUCAGCCUGAUUCGUCGGUUGUGUUCCUGUGCUUUGGGACCAUGGGAACCUUUGGAGAGGACCAAGUGAGGGAGAUUGCGUAUGGGUUAGAGCAGAGUGGGCAUCGAUUCUUGUGGGUCCUACGUCGACCUCCGUCAGAUCACGAGCCAAAGAGCAACAUCUCGACGGAUUAUGAUGACCUAAUCGAUAUCCUUCCUGAAGGAUUCUCUGAUAGGACGGUCGAGGCGGGACGAGUGGUCGGGUGGGCUCCACAGAAGGCGAUACUGGCCCACAAAGCGAUUGGAGGGUUCGUGUCACACUGCGGGUGGAACUCGAUCUUGGAGAGCUUAUGGUUUGCGGUGCCGAUCGCAGCGUGGCCAAUGUACGCCGAGCAGCAGCUGAAUGCUUUCCAGCUGGUGGUCGAGCUGGAGCUGGCGACGGAGAUGAAGCUGAGCUACAGGAUGAAAGGCGAAAACGACAUGAUCGUGAGCGCGAGCGAGAUCGAGAGAGGGAUCAGACGUCUAAUGGAGGAAGGCAUGGAGAAGCGAGUGAAGUGGGAAGAGAUGAGUGAGAUGGCAAGAAAGACGUUAAUGGUCAGUGGAUCUUCGUUUUCUUCGACAGGCCGUUUCGUUCGAGAUUUUCUUGGUUAA